UGGUCUGAAAUGAUUUCUCGGGUGGAAAACUUUUUCAGAAACAAGUGCCUUUCAUAGAUAGGAAAACUUGGCGGAUGAAGAGAGAUAGAAAUAUAACGAAGGGGAAACAAUAAACAAACCCGACCUUAGGACUUUCUGAGAGUCGAUUAUUUUUAUUAAAUUUUCAACAUUCAUUUCAUUACUAACAGAGGAUGACCUAAAAUCAACUUCGCCGAAUAGUUAGAUCCUAUUUUUAAGUUACAAAAUAUCAGUCUAAUCGAAGAUAUAGAAAUAAACGGAAUUAACAGAAGUUCGCCCCUCUUCCUUGAAAUAAACAACAGCAUCAGCUUUGCAAUAAUUAAGUUGCCGGAUUAGUUCAACCAAGCCGAAAAUGUAACAAUGGAACAAACAAGUGAUCGUUGAAUGAUAACAAUUGCAGGCAAAAUGCUGGAAAACAUUAAUAAACAUUUGAUUUUCAGUGUUGUGUUGGUUUCAGUGGUGAACUUAGGUUUAUCAGCAAACAAUCAGAAUUUUUUCGAUGCAGCCAACUGCACCAGUUCCCAGUUCGCCUGCAAAAGCGACCGUAGCUGCAUCCCGCUCCACUGGCGGUGCGACUCGCGUGUCGACUGCGCCGAUGGCAGCGACGAAACGCCCGACUGCCAGAACGAUCGCGAUUGCGGCCCUGAGAAAUUCCGGUGCAAGCUGACCAACAAGUGCAUCCCCUCCGGCUACUUCUGCGACGGCGAGAACGACUGCGGGGUCUCCCCUUUACACGGUGAGGAUCUGUCGGACGAGGAACCGAAGUUGUGCCACCAGAGGGCGCGCUGCGGCUGGAACCACGCCCUCUGUCCGGACAGCACCGAGUGCAUUCACCUGUACAGAUUCUGCGACGGCAAGGGCGAUUGCCCUGGCAAUAGCGAUGAGUGGGAUUUCUGCAGGAAUGCGACCGAUACCUGCAGGGGGGCAGAUUGCGAUUCCUCCUGCGCACCUACGCCGGACGGACCGAAGUGUUACUGCCGGAAUGGACAGAGGGCUGAUGGUAGUAAAUGCGUGGAUGCGGACGAGUGUGAGAUUGAAAAUAUCUGCGCGCAGGUCUGCAGGAAUACCGUUGGGUCGUAUGUGUGCGACUGCAUCUCGGGGUAUAAAAAGGAUAAGAAGGAUUGGGCUAGAUGUCUGGCUGUUAAUGUACCAGAAACAGAACCUCCUUCCCUGUUACUCUCUACGAUGUUCAACAUCCGACAUGUCGGUACAGACGGAAGCAAAUGGCCUGGUAACUCCACCUACAAUAUACUCGACAGCAGAGCCUUAGAAGUCAUUCACAGGAAUCACACGAUAUGCUACAUCCACAACAACAUGACCAAGUCAGACAUAGUAUGUGCAAACGUUAACAACCUGAACCAGAGAUGGGUUUUGAAGCCCUCCUCGAAUCUGAUAAACCCCAACACGAUCAAGCAGAUGGCCUUCGAUUGGGUAGCCGAGAAUUGGUAUUUCUUGGAUUACGACAGAGAAAUCAUAUACGUAUGCAACAAGAACCUCUCCUGGUGUUCGAUCGUAGUCGAAAACAACCUGGGAAGCCCCAGGGGUAUGGCUUUGGACCCUACCCGAGGCUUUUUGUUUUUUACUAGGUGGGGAGUAUCCUCACCUGCUUUGGAGAGUUGUCUUCUAGAUGGAAGUAUGCGAAAAGUUGUUGUCGAACAUAAAAUUCUCUACCCGCACAGUAUAGCCUUGGAUUUGCCAAACGGAAGGUUGUAUUGGGUGGAUAACUACCUGGAUCUUGUGGAGAAGGCCGAUUACGAAGGAAGUCACAGGAGCACCGUCUUGAAAUUGAACAACACGUUUACAAGAUUUAACAAAUUUUGCGGUAUAACUUUCUUCGAAAAUAAGCUGUACUUGUCGUCUGAAAUGAAUAACAGUAUAUUGGAGUUCGAUACCUUGAUAUCUAGCCAUAGGGUUAUUGUGCAAGACAUAAGACAGCCAAAUAAUAUAGUUAUUUUUCACAGGCAAGGACAACCAGAUCCUGAAGUGCACCACCCUUGCCAAGAUCAAGGAGCUUGCGACCACAUAUGUAUUCCUAUGUGGAUAGGCAGCAAACCGGUGAAGAAGUGCAUUUGCUCUUCAGGUUACAAACUUGACUCCAACGGAAAAUGCUCAAUCUCAACUCCUUCUUCAUUUCUACUUGUCUCAAAGUUACAACCCUCUCUAAUUCGAGGUAUAGACGUCGAAGAUGGAAACGAAACAAUACUUCCGUACUACUCUGAAGGCAUGCCUGUAUUCAUAGAUUUUGACGCUAAGGCCAAGACUGUUUAUUAUGUCGACGUCCAAGGACUUUCCAUCGACACAGUGGCCAUCAACAACAUUACGAAACAUACAGUUCUGAAGAAGAUGGAUCGAAGAGUCGAUGGCUUAGCCUUUGAUUGGAUGUCCCGGAACCUCUAUUUCACGAUGAGCGAACUUGGAAUUGUGGGUGUUAUGAAGGCGGACGAUGUCGCCAUAUCUAAAACUUUGAUUCAUAACACUCUGUAUUACCCAACAUUGAUUUCGUUGGAUCCGAAAGGUGGUAUGAUGUAUUGGGCGCAUUGGUCCUCUAUAAAUCCGCUAGAUGGCAAGAUCUACUCCACUCAUAUGGAUGGAACCAAUAAUAAUCUCUUCAUCAAAGAUGAUAUCUACAAACCUAACGGUUUAACCUUGGAUCUUCAGGAGAAUCUUUUAUAUUGGUGCGAUCAAAGCUUGAAUAGGAUUGAAAGCGUAGAUUUGGAUGGCAAGAAUAGAAGGAUAGUUUUGGACCUGGGUACUCAAAAUCCGUUGGGGUUGUCCUCCGGAGUUGGUGGUGUGUUGUACUUCGCCAAUCAGCUCAAAGGAGCUGUGAUGUCUUACAGGAACGGUACCAUCAGGGUUGUCAAUGAUGCCAAUUACAUGAUUAGGGAUAUUAAAUUGUUCGAUCCUCGAUUACAAAAAGGACAAAACGGCUGUUCCACCAACGCGAACAAAUGUCCUCAACUCUGCCUAUCCACUCCAAAGGGACCAACAUGCGUGUGCCGCGACGGUUACGACUACAUCAACUCCACCUGCGCACGCUCUAAGAACUUCACCUCCCUCAAGGUCGACCUGUGCCCGCCUGAUCACUUCCAGUGCGUCUCCGACAAGACCUGCAUCCCCUCCAGCUACCGAUGUGACGGCCAGCCCAAUUGUCGAGAUGGCUCUGACGAGGAACUGCUGCCGCUGGGCCCAUGCAUGAACGUGAUGUGCGGCCCUGGCGAGAUAAAGUGCGACAACAUCUGCAUCAUGAAGGACUGGCUGUGUGACGGCGAGAAGGACUGCAGUGACGGGUCAGACGAGAGCCCGACCCUGUGCGAGCGAGAUUGUUCGCCUGGACAGUACAAGUGUAAGUCGUCGAACCGCUGCAUACCGCAGGAGUGGCGCUGCGACUCGCAGUACGACUGCGGUAUCGAUGAUCAGAGCGACGAGGAUGGAUGCGGAUCCACCUCAUGCGACAUAACCGAGUUCACGUGCAAAAAUAAAAUGUGCAUCCCCCUUAGCAUGUUCUGCGAUGGCAGGAGCAACUGCGCGGACGGCUCCGACGAAAUCGACUGUUCCAGCUGCGAUCCCGGCAGUCAGAUAUACUGCGCCCCCUUGAGUUCCUGCCUAGCCGUCAGCAAACGUUGCGACAACGUAACCGACUGCCCCGACAGGUCUGACGAACAGAACUGCGACUCCAGAGUGUGCGAGGCGCAAGAGUUCAGCUGCACAACCAAUGGAGAAUGCAUACCGAAGGAGUUCGUCUGCGACAACGACCUAGACUGCACCGACGGUUCUGACGAAAAGGAAUGCCCUACUGACCACCUCAGGAAUGACACUGCCAACUCCAACCCCAACGUGACAUCCAAGUGCGAAUACCCGUCCAGAAUGUGCGACAACAACACUAGAUGUGUCUCCGUCAAUCAACUAUGCGACGACAUAUUACAUUGUACAGACGGCUCUGACGAGAGGUUCAGGUGCGUCGAGAAUAUGUGCAAUCAGACCUACGAGUGCUCCCACGAGUGUCACAACACUCCCGAAGGUUUUAUCUGUACCUGUCCGGAUGAUCUACACCUGCAACCCGACAAGAAGACCUGUUUGACCACCCAUCCUUGCGAGGCUUGGGGCGUUUGCUCUCAGAAAUGCGUGCAGAAAGGAUCGAGAUACAAGUGUACAUGUUUGCCUGGUUUUUAUCUGAAGGACGACGGGUUUACGUGCAAGAGUAGAGAACAGAGCACCCCUUACGUCCUGUUCAGUAAUAGGCACGAAAUAAGAGUGGUGGACUUGCACACUUUCAACGUGAAAUCGUUCAUAUCAAGUCUGAAGAAUACGAUAGCCUUAGAUUUCUUGCAUACGGAGGAUUUGGACAUGGUAUUCUGGACUGAUGUGAUAGACGACAAGAUAUACAGGGGAUCCGUUGUAGGCGGUUCUUUGAGCAACAUCGAAAGUGUGGUUCAAACUGGUCUGUCCACAGCUGAAGGCCUGGCGGUUGAUUGGAUCGGGCAUAACCUGUAUUGGGUGGAGAGUAACCUCGAUCAGAUAGAGGUGGCUAAAUUGAACGGUAGCUUCCGCAGGACUCUGAUAGCUGGCGACAUGGAAAGCCCCAGGGCGGUGGCUGUGGACCCUAGAGAUGGCUACCUGUUCUGGACCGAUUGGGACAACAGCGCUCCAAGAAUUGAAAGAUGCUCUUUAGCAGGCCGAGACCGUAAGGUUAUUGUGUACGUGGAGCAAAUGAGGGACGGAGGAUGGCCGAAUGGUUUGACCCUGGACUACGACCUGAGAAGGGUAUAUUGGGUGGACGCCAAAUCGGACUCCAUCCAAACGACCAACUACGACGGUUCCGAUUACCACGAGGUGAUGAGAGACCACGAGAUGCUCUCCCAUCCUUUCGCCAUAAGCCUGUUCGAGAACCACGUCUACUGGACGGACUGGCGCACCAACAGCGUCGUGAGAGCCAACAAGUGGACGGGCGGUGACGUUUCCAUAAUGCAGCGCACUUUGACGCAGCCCUUCGACAUCCAGAUCAUGCACCCAAGCAGGCAGCCGGUGGAUGCGCCAAGUCCAUGCGGUAAAAACAACGGCGGCUGUUCGCAUCUGUGUCUCUUGCACACGAAUUAUACGUAUCUGUGCGAUUGUCCGCACGUGAUGAAGUUGAGCGAGGACGGGAUGACAUGUGUUGUAAACGAAAAGGUGCUCCUGAUUGGAAGAGGCAGCGAAAUACGAGGAGUGGACAUAGAACAACCCUACUACCACACCAUACCGACCAUCAGCAUGCCGGCGGUGCACAGUCCGAUCAAGAUAGAGUAUCUGGCGCGCAACAACACCCUCUACUGGGCCGAUUCUCAAACCAGCGAGAUCAAACGAUCAGGCCUUACUUCCGGACCCAGUGUUACUUUGAUCGACACCGGCGUACAGCAUCCCACAGGACUUUCCGUGGAUUGGUUGUCCAACUUACUGUUCGUGUCUUCUUCUGCUGGCAUUACAGUUUGUAAUUUGGACGGAGAAUAUUCGACGAACGUCGUUAAAGGAAAUGUCAUCAGUGUUGCCAUCUUGCCGUCUGAGGGUGAAUUAUUCUGGAUAUCCCAAGAAGAUGAAAAAUAUCGCAUCGAGCGAAGUUUCAUGGACGGGACGUCUAGGAGAAUCGCGACGAUGGACUUCGACGGCCCGGCUAAAAGCCUCGUUGUGGACGAGGACACCAAGAGGAUAUACUGGAUCAGCGAUUUCCAGAUAUUCUACACAAACUACAACGUUACCAAGGGUUUAGCCACCAAGCUGAAACUGACCAACAACUAUUUAGUAUCCGCUGCUACGACCUACAAAGAUUUCAUCUUUUACGCUGACGACGACGACCAGUCGAUACACAGGGCGAACAAGAUUACUGGUUUGGACGACGUCACCCUGCGCAAUAGCACGGCUGACAUCUUGUCUUUGAGGAUCUACGACCCCGCUCUUCAGAAGGGUAGUCACCCUUGCGGGCUGAACAAGGGAAAUUGCCAACACCUGUGCCUGCCCAGCUCGGCCACGACCUACAGUUGCAAAUGCGCUACGGGCUAUAAGACCGACCCGAAGGACCACCGAAAGUGUGUUAGCAUCGAAGAGUUCUUGUUCUAUUCCGUUGGAUGGGAGAUAAGAGGGAUGGCCUUGGAUGGUAACAACGAGACUCAGGUUCUAGGACCAAUAUCAAGGGUCUCGAUGGCCAACGCAGUGGACUACAUAGCUGACAGAGACCUCAUCAUUUGGGCGGAUAGCGACCACUGCUCCGUCACCAGGAUAAAGAGGGACGGAACAGACAGGGCGUUCGUUAUCGAACAGCCCGAAGUCAUGGACACCGUGUCCGUCGACUGGCUCACCAGCAUAUCCGUGGAUUGGGUCGCCGAAAACAUCUACUGGAGCGAUUCCAAGAGGGGAGUCAUAGAGGUGUCAAGACUGGACGGUACUAACCAGCACGUGUUGCUUUCCAACGAGGUUGGCAAGCCUUCUUCCAUCGCAGUGGACCCGGCUAAGGGUGUUAUGGUUUGGUCUCUGGGUUCUAGGUUGGAGAUAGCCACUAUGGCCGCGCAGAAUAGGAAGAUGCUGUUGGAUAGCGCCAAGUCAAUAUCUGAUGUGGCUUUGGACGAGGAGAACGAGCUUAUUUAUUUCUGCGAUACCGUGAGCAAUACCAUCGAGAGGAUUCAGUACGAUGGCAAUGGGCAUAAGGUGUUGUUGAACACGUCGAUCGAGAACCCUAUGGGGUUGACGGUGUUCGAUGGGAAGGUGUAUUGGAUUGAUAGUACUGACGAAAGAGGUAGUAUCAAAGAGGCACCAGUAACCAACCUAACCAACUACAAGGUCUUAGCCAGUAACAUUGGAGAUUCACUGAAAGACAUCCAAAUCUUCUCGAAGAGAAAACAAAGGGGCACAAACCCCUGCGCUGUUGCCAACGGAGGCUGCCAACAGCUGUGCCUAUUCAACGGCACGCAUCCUGUUUGUGUGUGCUCUCACGGUAAACUAACAGCAGAUGGAAAGAAAUGCGAAGAUUUUGACACUUUCGUGAUGUACUCGAGAGUUGUGAGCAUCGAUUCUGUGCAUAUAUCUAGCGAUGAGAACAUACAGAAUGCCCCAUAUCCAAGUAUAAAGAAUAACACAUUGCUGAGAAAUGCCAUUGGCUUGGCCUACAGUUACAAACAUCAGAGGCUGUUCUAUUCCGACAUACAGAAGGGGUCUAUUAAUACUGUGUUCUUCAACGGAUCCGACCAUAGAAUCAUAGUGCAAAGACAAGGUUCCGUGGAAGGCCUAGCCUACGAACCCAUCCACCGCGCCCUCUACUGGACCUGCAACAACGACGCGACCAUCAACCGCGUCAACCUAACCUCCGCCAUGACCAACGCCUCUUCCGUCGAAACUAUAUUCAAGCUGCGCAGCCAGGACAAGCCUAGGGGCGUUAGCAUAGACGGCUGCGGCGGGCGCAUAUUCUGGACCAAUUGGAACUCGCACAGCCCGAGCAUAGAGCGCGCCUACCUGUCCGGUUUCGGCCGAACCCCGAUCAUCGUUACGGACAUCCGAAUGCCGAACGCUCUGACCUUGGACCACAAGGCGCAGAAGCUGUACUGGGGCGACGCCCGAUUGGACAAGAUCGAGAGAUGCGAGUACGACGGUACGAAUAGGGUGGUGCUUGCUCAGGUCACGCCCCAACACCCCUUCGCCAUGGCUGUUUACGGGGAUUAUCUGUAUUGGACCGAUUGGAUCUUGCACGCCGUGUUGAGGGUUGAUAAGUUGACAGGGCAUAACGUUGAGUGGUUGAGGAGGGAGGUGGCAAGGCCCAUGGGGAUAGUGGCCGUGGCUAACGAUACGGAGAGCUGUUUCGCCAAUCCUUGCUCUAUAUUGAACGGGGGUUGCGAGGAGAAGUGUGUUUUGUCGGCCACCGGCAACGUGCAGUGUAUGUGUCGGGACGGCCACGUUUUGGCUGAUGACGGCAAAAGGUGCUAUAAGAAAGUCCCUGAUCAACAGCAGAACAACGAUGUGUUCCACUGCUCGGACGGCCAGGCCAUACCCUUUUCCCUGACCUGCGAUGGCAUCUACCACUGUCUGGACAAGUCCGACGAGGAGCCAGGCUACUGCGAUAGAACGAGCUGCCCCUCGGGUUGGUUCCUGUGCAAGAACAAAAGGUGCAUACCGGAGAAGAACGUGUGCAACGGCGUGGAUGAAUGCGGCGAUUCCAGCGACGAGAUGCGCAACUGUACCUGCCCUUCUGGCUCGCACUUCAAGUGCAAGAGCGGGGAGUGUAUCAGCGUAGAUUUCAGAUGCGAUAGAGACUUGGAUUGCGCAGAUGCAAGUGAUGAGAUGGGAUGCGGCGAUAUGCCUUGCCCCGUGGACGACCAGAAUCUGGUGAAAUGUCCCUACACCACUGCGUGCAUCCACAAGGAUUGGUUUUGCGAUAACGAGAACGACUGUUGGGAUCAUUGGGACGAACAGAACUGUACCGAGGUUAAGAAGAGAACGUGCAACAGCAGUCAGUUCCGUUGCAGGAACGACACCUGUAUACCCAUAGAAAAAAAAUGUGAUGGUUAUAACGAUUGCAACGACGCAGUACAUCCCAACGGUUCCAGUUCGGAUGAAGAGCUCUGUGCCCAAUGUCAGGCAGAUCAAUUUUCUUGUGGCGAUGGGAAGUGCAUACCUAAAUCCUGGCUUUGCAACGGUGUACAGGACUGUGUAGAUCUAAGUGAUGAAUACAAUUGUAAACCACAGUGCAGAUCUAAUCAGUUCAGAUGCGAGAGCGGCGAAUGCAUUCCUAAGUCCUGGCAGUGCGAUGGCAGGCCGGACUGCAGCGAUAAUUCCGAUGAGUUUGAGCACUGCAAGACUCGGCAGUGCGAUCCGUUCGAGUUUAGGUGUAACAGUACCGGCAAGUGUAUACCCAUGGAAUGGGUGUGUGACGGUGAAGCUGAUUGUGCGGACCGCGACGACGAACACAGGGAAUUAGGCUGCAGUACGGCCGUCUGCCUCAAGGACGAGUUCCAAUGCGCCGACGGCACCUGUAUAAACAAGAUCUACUUCUGCGACGGCGACCGAGACUGCAACGACAGCUCGGACGAGCCGAACAACUGUCACCACAAUUGCGCGGCGGGCGAGUUCAGGUGUAACAACGGCAAGUGCAUUAUGGACCUCUUCAGGUGCGACGGCGUAGACCACUGCGGCGACGGCAGCGACGAGGGUAAGCAGUAUCAGAGCGACAAUGACUACUGCAGGGGAGAGGGGUGGUUCCAGUGCGAAAAUGGGGUGUGCAUCAAUGACACGCUGCUUUGCAACGGCGAGAACAACUGCGGCGAUUACAGCGACGAGAACAAGUGCAACAUCGACGAAUGUACAGCAACGCCGCCCCCCUGCUCCCAGAAAUGCAUUGACAAACCGGUCGGCUACGAGUGCCAGUGCAUGCCCGGCUACAAGACGAGCGAAAAAGACCACCGGCUGUGCGAGGACAUCAACGAGUGCCUGCAGAGACCCUGCAGUCAAGUGUGCAGGAACACCCUAGGUUCCUACCGGUGCAGCUGCGCUGAACCUGAAUACAUUCUGAGAUCCGACAAGACUUCGUGCGGAGCGAACUCUACCGAACGCGCCUCGAUAAUCCUGGCCAAUCGUUACUACAUAAGACAGCUGGACCUGAGCGGAAGCUCGACCUUAUUGGCCCACAACCUUAGCAACGCGGUCGCCCUUGACUACGACUGGAGGGAGGAGUGUCUGUAUUGGUCGGACGUAACGAAGCACGGCAGUUCCAUCAGGAGACUCUGCGACUAUAAGAACAGUUCAGCGACACCGCAUACGUUGCAUUCCUCUACGUUACAGAAUCCUGAUGGUCUGGCCGUUGACUGGGUUGGGAGGAAUCUUUAUUGGUGUGAUAAGGGCCACGACACCAUAGAAGUCUCAACCCUAAACGGCAGAUAUAGACGCAUCCUCAUCUCCACAGGACUCGAGGAACCCCGAGCCAUAGCCCUCGACCCCAAGGAGCGCAUAAUGUUCUGGUCGGACUGGGGCACCCAGGUGCACAUAGGCAAGGCCAACAUGGACGGUUCCAACACCAGAAUCAUCGUCAACUCUAGCUUGGGCUGGCCCAACGCCCUCACGGUCUCCUUCGAGACCAAGGAGCUCUUCUGGGCUGACGCCCGUGAAGACUACAUCGCCGUCGCCGACUACAACGGCAAAAACGUGAAGAUCGUUGCCAGCAGAGACAGGACCCCGACGCUCAAACUGCACCACGUGUUCGCCAUCGACAUCUGGGAGGACUUCGUGUACUGGACCGAUUGGGAGACGAAGUCCGUCGAGAGGUGUCACAAGUACGACGGCACCAGGUGCUCGUCGCUGCUGACGAUGGUGCAUCGUCCGAUGGACCUGCGGGUGGUGCAUCCGUUCAAACAGCCCAAGAUCGAGAAUCCUUGCGAGAAGGCGAACUGCUCAGCGUUGUGUCUGUUGAAAGCCGAGGCGCCGUAUUAUUCUUGCGCCUGCCCGGAGAACUACGUGCUGGAGGGGGAUGGAAAGUCGUGCAAGGCCAACUGUACCAAUACACAUUUCGAGUGCAAGACUACUUAUAAGUGUAUCCCCUUCUGGUGGCGCUGCGACACUCAGGACGACUGUGGCGACAAAAGCGACGAACCCGACACGUGCCCGCCCUUUAGGUGCACGCCCGGCCAAUACCAGUGCGGCAAUGGCCGCUGUCUCCACCCAUCCGACCUCUGUAACGGUCGCGACGACUGUGGCGACAACGGAGACGAGGUCGACUGCCGCAAUUACACGUGCUUGAGCACGCAGUUCCGUUGCGCUGGUAACGAUACAGUCCCGCCCCGUUGUGUGCCGGCCAAGAGCCGGUGCGAUAGGCAGAUGGAUUGCCCGCUGGGCGAGGACGAGGAGGAUUGCCCCCCUGUGACUUGCCCACCUAAUCAGUUCAAGUGCCGCAACGACAAGUGCAUACCAGCCGUUUGGGUUUGCGAUAUCGACAACGAUUGCGGUGAUAACUCGGACGAGGAGCAGAGCUGCACGAAUAGGACGUGUAGGGCGGAUCAUUUCAGAUGUAGCUCAGGACGCUGCAUCCCAGAGUCAUGGCGUUGCGACGGCGAUCCAGACUGCCCCAAUGGCGAAGACGAACCCCAAAGCUGUAGCCAGCCCGAGUACCACACCUGUGAGACCUCCUACUUCAAAUGCGGGAACAACAAGUGCAUACCCGGCAGAUGGCGCUGCGACUACGACAACGACUGCGGCGACAACUCGGACGAGACGAACUGCGCGCCUAGGAACUGCUCGGAAUCGGAGUUCCGGUGCGGCAAUGGCAGGUGCAUAAAGGGUGCGUUCCGUUGCGACGGCCAAUUCCAGUGCGAGGACAGGUCGGACGAGGCGCGCUGCAACGUGCAGUGCAAGAAGAACGAGUUCCAGUGCACCGACCCGCAGAUAUGCAUAUUUUUGGAGUGGAAAUGCGACGGCCAAAGGGACUGCGCAGACGGUUCCGACGAAGAGAACUGCAGCGACGUCUGCCCAGAGGACGGCUUCAAGUGCAACAGCGGUCAGUGCGUCAACGCCGAUUGGCGUUGCGACGGCCAAGCGGACUGUGAGGACGGAUCGGACGAACACGAUUGCUCUGGCCUGGCAUGCGGUUUCGAACGGUUCCGUUGCAAGAACGACCGUUGCGUUCCUAUCAGUUCAGUCUGCGACGGUCACGACCAAUGUGGCGAUGGCAGCGACGAAGACCCUGCCAUCUGCAAAAGGUUCGGAAGGUGUCCACCAGGUGAAUUCGCCUGCAGUAGCGGCCAUUGCAUAGCCGAGAAGCUGAGGUGCGACGGUGAGAAUGACUGUGAGGACAACAGUGACGAGGAAGGCUGCCAAGUAUCUCCGUGCAAAUGGAACUCCUGCUCCCAGAUAUGCGUGGAGAAAAAGAACAACACCUUCGUGUGCAAGUGCGCUCCAGGUUACUACUUGGCCUGGGAAAAUCACUGCCAGGCCAAGGGUGGCUUGGCCGACCUAGUGCUGGCUACAGAAGCCGAGUUGAGGCUAGUGUCGCCUUACAAAGUGGGAGACGAGACCAACAACAAGUUGCGCAGUAAGACUUUGGCUACUGCUCCAGGUUAUAAGGUAUACGGCGUCGACCUAUUAUACAAAAACGACCAGGUCCAAGCCUUCUGGACAGACCACCACAACAAGCGCGUCCAGAGCGCUGUCCUCGACGUCAACGGCGGCCAGAACAGGACCAAACGGGACGCCGACCAGCCGAAGACCGUCCUCUCCAACCUGGUGGACCCGAGGGGCAUCAGCAUCGACUGGGUGGCCAAACGGCUCUACAUCACGGACGGCAACAGAAUCCUUGUCUCCUCCCUGGAUGGCGGGAGCGUCUAUACGCUGAUCACGGGCGAUAUGCAGGAGUUGAGGGACAUUGCGGUGGCGCCCGCGCAGGGUCUGCUGUUCUGGACCGACUGGGGAUUGGUGCCGAGGAUCGAGACAGCCUAUAUGGACGGCAACAAGAGGAGGGUGUUGGUGAACACGAGCGUGUUGUGGCCUACGAGCAUAGCUGUCGACUACCCUGCCGGAAGGCUGUAUUGGGCCGAUCCCAAGGGUCUGGUUGUGGAGAGCGUGAAGUUUGACGGUAGCGACAGGCAGGUCGUGAGGCAUUUUACCAAAGAAACCAAGCCCUUCAAAAUAGAAAUAUUCGAAAGCAGCCUGUUCAUAUCGACCUACAGGACGCACAACAUAUUGAAGAUGCAGAAAUUCGGAUUGGGAAACAUAACACACAUAGGAGAGGGUCUGACGAGGGUCUCAGACCUUCUCAUAUUGCAUGAGCAUAAGCAGGACUUAUCUCUGAACAACACCUGCCACGAUUUCUGCCAUCCGUCUGAGUUCUGUCUUCUCAGUCCCCACGGGGCGACAUGUACCUGUGCCGAUAACUACAUCAAGAGUAACUUGACCUGCAAACCGGUACCGAACAGAAUACCUUCGUGUCCCCUAAAUUGCAACAACGGUAAGUGCAAGAUAGUGCCCGGCCUGGGUCCUAAAUGCGUCUGUGACCCCCACUACACUGGUGCAAGAUGCGAGCACUACCGUUGCUCCCAGUUCUGCAAGAACAAGGGCUUGUGUUACGUCGACUUGAUCUCACCGAAGUCCCCUGAUUCUCUGGGUCCACUUCGUUGCAACUGCCUCCCACAGUGGACAGGCGAUCGAUGCGAAAUACCGGUGAAUCUUUGCGAUGGCAGGUGUGCCAACGGUGGCACCUGCUACUCCCCCAAACCCGGCCUUGCGCAGUGCAGCUGUCCAUCCGGCUACGGCGGCAACCGCUGUCAACACUGCGUCGGCCUAACCUGUCAGAACGGCGGCAACUGCACCGCCGUGCCAUCUGGCGGCAAGACCUGCAAGUGCCCGCCUGGCUUCGCGGGCGUCCAUUGCGAAGUGCGGAUGUGCGGCCAGUUUGGCACGCCCGUCGCCACGGUGGACGGCUUCCGGUGCAGCUGUCAGGCGGGCUACACGGGCGAGCGGUGCGAGCAGGAUAGCUGCCACCUGCACUGCAGGAACGGCGGUACGUGCAGGAUGGGCUUGAAGGAGCCUGAGUGCAUAUGCCCGCCCACUUACGCAGGUAGGAGGUGCGAGACUGACCUAUGCGCGGGUGGGGAUGUGACGUUGCCACGCUGCAAGGAGAGUUGUAGGUGCGAGAAUGGGGCGUGUCUUACGGUGCAGGGGAGGAGGGUUUGCAAGUGCGAGGAGCAAUGGAUUGGGAAGCGAUGCGAUAUCUUCGUUGGCGCUAGCAACGACUGCAAGGACCUCUGCCAGAACGGCGGCGUGUGCAUAAUGGAAGACAGGAAGGAGGUGCCCAAGUGCAUAUGCAAAGAAGGCUGGAGCGGUCCGACCUGCGAGCAACCGCCCCAAUGCCUAAUGUUCUGCCUGAACGGUGGCGUGUGCAGGCUCAACGAGGACCAAGAGCCCAACUGCGACUGCCCAGACGACUACUUCGGCGCUAGGUGCCAGGAUAUGUCCUACAGUAAGAGGAUGCGCCACAUAAACCGCAGUUCGACAGAGAGGGUGCUGAUAUUGAUCGUCCUGGGCAGCUUGUUCAUAGGGAUCUUCAUCUUCCUCGGUUACAUUUCCUACUCGUAUUGCAGGAAGUUGAGGGAGCCGUUUACGCACGAGAGGUUGCAGGAGAACGAUUUUAACAAUCCGAUCUAUCAGGAUAGGGAUGCUGAGCCGUUCUCUUUGGAUGCUGAUAAGUCUAGUAACUUUGCAAACCCUGUAUAUGACUCGGUGUACAACGGAAGUACCAGUAGUGGAGAUGAGAAGGCAGUACUCUUACAUCACAACGCAGAUGAAAUACCUCUAACACUGGUCGACGAACCAGACACAUAUCAAAACUGAUCAAAUCAAAACGAACAAAAACCCUGAAAUUUAUGAAUUGCUGUGAAUUGUGCCAUUUUUAUUUAUGUGGAAAAUCGUGAGAUUUGUCGCGAUAUUUAGUGUAUUUUUCGAAGCGGAAAAACUGAAAUGAAAAAUUCUAAAAAAUAUUCAGUUGCAGGAUCUCUGUUUUUCUCCUUCUCCGUACUUUGGAUAUUUUCGAUGUUCUGUAGUUUUGCAUGCAGCUUUUAUUGUUAUAUUUUGAUGUGAAGAAAGUCGUUUCACUGUUCCACUAAUGGAUUUAACUCGAUGUAGAUGUUGUUUUUAGAUGUUGUCUAUUUUAACUAAUCGUUUAUUUGAAUGUGUUGUGCUUUAUUAAUAGGUAUUACCGAACUUCGAUGUCGGUGCAGCUGUUUAGCAUUUCUCUGAUUUCCAACGAUGUCAAUUUCCUCUAUAUAUUUGUGAUGUAAAGAAAAAACUGCCACUUAUCGUAUAUGUGCACAACAUGGAAGGAAAAUAUUUUUGAUCUCUGGAUGGCAACUGAAUAUUUUUCCACAAAUACACAGAUAUUUUAAUAUGUUGAGAAUUUUUGAGGAAUCUAUUUCUAAUGCUCAUAAAUACGUCCAUACCGUAACAAUAAAAACGAAAUGACUGAUAAGUAUAUAAAAUAAUCUAAUCGAACAUUAUUUUAUGUGUUAUUUGUGCCAAAAGUAGCUUUUCGAAUAUCAAAAAAAAAAAUUAUUGCUCUGUAUAGUAUGGUUGUGCCAAAAAAAAAAACAUGUUUUUUUUAAUACCCUUCAAUAUCGAAAAGGAAGCUGAUGUGAUUGUUUGGAUAUUUGUAUAUAUAUUUUAGGUAAUAUUGUGCUCAAUACUCAUUUACAGUGAAUUUACACGAAAUUUAUAUUUUGGGUAUAAGUUUCUUUUAAUUAUAUUUUCAGAUCAAAGCAUAUAAAAGCA